AUGAGUUUACAGGAAAAUAGAACAUACAGGUUUACAGUUUAAAUGUUAGGAAUCGCAGGCUGUCUCCUUGUGUCCAUUUUGCAUCUACCAUGUUAAAGGAAGCUUCAUUUGAUAAUAUUGAGGGGAAUAUGCAACUAAAUUUGGGGUGUUCUGGAAAACCGUAGAACUUGAACGUUAAAUAAUACAAUGUACAGCGAUGUAUCAUUGACCUGAUAGAAUGUGAAAACAUAUUCAGGCAACAACUUGGAGGUGGAGCUACAUUUCCUACAAGAGAAAGGAAACAAAAACAAACCUAUGCUGUCACUGUGACGGUCAAGAAGCGAACGCAAGCCGCAGGGAGUGAGAUCGAGCUCGUGAAGCAAAACAGCUUGCAAGCAGAGGGAGAAGGCUAUAAUAUGCGACAACAAAGCCAUUGAUGGACUGUUUCCGUGAACCAUCGGAAAGGGUACAACGGGUCACCCGAAAGCUUGCGGUUAUCGACUAGGGGCGAGGUCUUGAAACUUAGCUUGAUGAAGUGGUCCGAAGACAUACCGAGUAAUAAGUGGAGGAGAUGCUUAUUCUUGAAAUAGAAUCAAGUACAAAAAGGAGCAGUCCUUGGAACUCCCACCUACUCGACAGCCCAGCUCUUUUCACAACUCUGUGUGAAACCAGGAAUGCUUGGAAAGAGCCAGGCUCAUAAUUACCCAUAACCCACCUCUACCAUUAACACCUGCAUCUCUGGUGUGAGUCCUUUGGACACCAGAUAGAAGAACGGGGAAGGUCUAGCCGGACCCUAAAUUGGCCUAGACAUGUCUUGCACGUCAAAGUUAUUGCCAGUGGUCACUGAUCCUGCUUUCUGGCUCUAGGUAGUCCACAUACCCCUGCAGCUGAAAUAUAUGCAGGUCUUGGGCUUGCUGCAUUGUGCUUGUAGCCUCACCUUCAAUAAUGAGAACCGUGAACAAGCCCGAUUUGGCAUCAUUUCCAGCAGCUAUAGAGCUUUGACACUGGGAUAUAAAACAACUAGAAAAAUACAGUCCUGAACCCUACUCCUGUUCCAUCCCAGAUCCACAUUUGUGAGAUGAGAACAAUGCGCAUACUCACUCUCCCCACCCUAUAUCAGGGGAGAAAACCCUACAGCAUCAACAUAAAUGUCUUCUGAUUGUCCUCCAGAGAUUUCCUUUUUUCAGCCCGACUCAAAAUUGAUGUGCUAUCAGUCUCAUUAUUGAAUAAAAAUGCCCUAAAAAAUUUAGCUUUUUCAAUCUGGUGGUUUUUUUUAUGUUGGAGGAAAUGCACAGAGUUGUGCAGGGCUUUGCAUUCCAAGCCUCUUAAUUAAAAAUUAAAACAGAAGGGGUGCGCCUCCUCUGCAGUGUGAAGGGGGAGCAAUGCAACUGAACUAAAGUGAUUAGGGAAUCCCCCUUAACCUCCUUCCAUUUAUCUGUUCACCUGUUCCCUGUGAAUUGGCUGUCCCCUACCUGCUCAAGUCCGUUCAUCUCAGAAGGUCACUUCCCGUGUAAUUUCCCAGUAUUUUCGACAUUUGAGCCUCUAUUCCAGGACCCUGGCUCUCUCAUAUAAGCAGGUCCCGCCAUUCGCGCCAGCCCCAAAAAGUCCAGGAAGUAGUCCAGCAGUUAGCCUCGAUCAGAGUGGCGGCGUACGCUUCGCUGUGUGUGGUGACCUUUAGAUGUGGCCCCGCCCUCUGCCGCUGUGCCGCGAGUCGGCUCCCGAGGGGAUCGCUGGCCUGUCGGCUGGGACGCUGGGAACAUGGCAAUAAAUGUCAUCGCUCCCGCCAUUGAAUCUUAUGGGUCAACACUGGGAUUUUCCUGACUUUGUGGAAGGUGUGCUCUGGAUUUCGAUGUGCUGUUUUCAUUUUUUAUUUUUUUUUAACUGAGUUUCUUUUAAAGAAGGUGACUUUGGAUAUUGCUGUGAACUCUUUUUUUGGUCAGAUUUAUUUAUUUAUUUGUGUGUGUGUGUGUGUGUGAACAUUCAUUUAAGGACUUUGAACUGAGAUAAGUGUGUGACUCGAUUGCUGAAUCUAAAUGCUGACAAACCAGUUCCUGCCCUCGAUUUUUGUAUGCACUAGACGACGUGAAGUGUUUUUUCCUUUUUUUCUUCACCAUCAGCUCCAUCUCCUUCUUUGGUAUUGUCGAGCUUUUCUGGAGUUAUUACAUAAAUUCUUUCUCAAAGUGGUAGUGAGAUUGGGAUCUGCAGGAAGUUAUUUUGACCUCCUUUAAUUUUUCGUUUCUCUUCCCCUGGUUAAAAAUCACAGUCUGGCGUGAAUGUAUGUGCUGUCGAGCUGCUUGAAAAAGGGGCUGUAGCUCUACCCUUCUACAACAGAAAGGAACGGAUGAAUAAAACAUUGUGAGAGAAGCGCAGGAUCUGGCAGAGCAUCGAGGUGGAAUCUCCUCUGCUCUCGCUCUCGCAGCGGGGGAGCGGGACGAGCCGCAGACUGACGGGAGAGCCGCAGUGUCCUGCAGCUCAGCUCCUGUGCCAGGACCCGCCGGGCUAUGAGCCCCCUCCGCCUCCGAGCCCAGGAGCCAUGCCCGUGCCCGAGAUGGCAGUAACCCCGGUCAAGUCCCUGUUCUGGGAGGUUUUCCCCCCGAUGUCCACGCGGAGGGUGUACUGCACCCCUGUCUUCCUGGACGGACUGGUGUACGUACUGGGGGGCUGCAGCGAGACGGGCCUGCCGCUGGACACCGCCGAGGCCCUGGACGUGGCUUCUCAGACAUGGACUCAGCUGCCCUCGCUGCCCACGGCCCGGGCAGGGGCAACCGCAGUGGCGCUGGGGAACCGGCUGCUUGUGGUCGGGGGCAUGGAUGCUCAGCAGAGCCCCCUUUCGUCCGUGGAGAUCUACAAUCCUGAUGAGGGCAAGUGGGAGAGGAAGGCCAGCCUGGGGCAGCCCUCAAUGGGCAUCACAUCUCUGGAGAAAGAUGGGAAGGUUUACGCCCUGGGAGGGAUGGGUGCGGACACGACCCCCCAGGCGUUGGUGCGGGUGUAUGAGCCAGCCAAAGACCAAUGGCAGCCUCUUCCCUCGAUGCCCACUCCACGCUAUGGCGCCGCCUCCUUCCUGCGUGGGAACAAGAUAUAUGUGCUGGGUGGACGCCAGGGCAAGCUGCCCGUCACCGCGUUCGAGGCCUUUGACCUGGAAGUGAAGAGCUGGACGCGCUUCCCCUGCAUCCCCAGCCGACGGGCCUUCGCCAGCUGUGCUCUGAGCGAGCGCUACUUCUACAGCCUGGGGGGCCUGCAGCAGCCGGGCCCCCACAACUUCUACUCGCGCCCGCACUUCGUCAGCACCAUGGAGGAGUACGACACCGAGCUGGGUGUGUGGAUCAAGCCCACUCGCGCCUCUCGUAUGAGGGAAAAGAGAGCGGACUUUGUGGCUGGCUGCCUUGGUGGAAGGGUCAUUGCUGCAGGCGGCCUAGGCAACCAGCCGUCGCCACUGGGCUCGGUGGAGAGCUACAACCCUGUGAGGAAGCGCUGGGAGUAUGUGGCCCCCCUGCCCAGCCCCCGCUGCUCCUGCGCUGGCCUGCAGACCCCUCACAUGCUCUUCCUCAUCGGAGGUGUGGCACAGGGCCCCAGCAAUGCUGUGGAGGCCCUCUGCCAGAGGGAGACUGUGUGAGGCACGCACACACAGAGACAGACAGAUAGGUGGACAGAGGAGCCAGGACGAGCAGAGCGAAUUAAACAGUGCUCCAUGUUCUGCCUUUCCCAGCUCCGCCCACAGCUAGUCUCAACCCACCAAAGACUAUCGAGGCAUCUGGAAUAAACAGAGGAGUUCUGAACAUUAAUUUGUCCUCCGUGUUUUAGGGGGAUUCAUCUGCAGAUACAAGAAAAAUGACAUGCCCGUUCAUGGGGGAAAAUAAGGUUAUUUUCAUGAUGGAUGAAACAGACAGGAAACACAAGCAAAAAAAUAAAAAAUACACUAAAGAAGCCUUUGAACUGUAUAGUCGUUUUCACAAUCACAGCAGGGUACUCUACUGAGAAAAGGAACUUAGGGCCAUAAUGCAAAGCCACUGCAGCACCUGCUUGCAGUAGCAUAUUUAGCACUUUUUUAUUUUCUAAAAAAACUAAAGAAAUACUUCUUUUUAUUUUUUAUCUCUAGAGAGAUGCAUGUGUGGGAAGAGCACUGUUCAUAAUAAGGAAUGAACAUUUGAAUGAAUACUCACCUGAUGUAGAAUGGCUUAGCGAGGACAGGAUAAAUAACACACACAGAGUAGCGCACAGAAUGAAGGCUAUAAUCAUGUGAUGUAAAAAAAACAAUACUAGGCAUGAUUCAAAACCUUUAUUUUACAGCUACAGUGGGUUUUAUACACGUAAACACACAUUCUCAAUCAGUUACAGAUUUGCGUACGUUACCUCAGUGUGAACACUCCCAAACAUUCGAAACUUUUGUGGAUGCAUAACCAGCCAGUGCUUACUAUGGUCACAGUAGUGCUCAAUAGAUGCUUACUGAAAACAAAUUGAUCAGAUGGUGUAUAUUAGGGGGUGGAGUCAACCUACUGUAGCCCAGGGCUGUGACCCUAUCACACCAUUGCUCUGCCUGACAGGUCCUCUACAAGGCAGACCACAUAGCCCACAGCUGAUUACCUUGAUGCCAUGGCAACGGGAUGAAAGCCUUAGCGGGAGUGGACAGAGCAGUAGAUCAAACAUAGCCUUACCCUCUCUCUUCCUCUCGGAUUGGAAAGUUUACCAUUUUGAACAUCAGUGCUUUAUUUACAAAGCGCUGAGUCGUGUUAACUGAGGACAGGGGAAGAGUUCUCAGUGGGAGGUGGAUGGUGCCCUUGUCCCAUCAUUGCUCGUCCUCUCUGGCUUUGGACCAAGUGUGCUGUGCUUAAUUUUGAAGUGGUGGCACGGUGAGAUUAAUGGUGGAUGAGAGGUUAAUGAUACUGAGCUGCUAUACAUCUUCAUUGGACUGUGUGUUUUGAUUACACCUGGCCUGCCCUUCUCCCCAGUCCUUCCACUCCCAGGGAGCUGGCAGUGCUGGAGGUGUUAGGGAAUCAUUCACACUGUGGCCAGGCUGUAGGGGUCACUGUCAACAGGACCACAAAAGGCCUGCUUUCGUAAAAACUGAUUUAGAACAGAAUGUGUCUGUUUGCAAAUUUGAGUGUUAGUUUUGUGAGGAAAAGCAAAAAAAAGGUACUUUCCCCUCUGCUUGUCUCCUACAUUUCAAAGCAAGACAAACUAACUUUUACCAUUUAUUUAUUAAGGGGCAGCAGGGCAGUCUUCACUGAACUCCCUAAUCCUGAAUUUUUCAUAUUUUUGGUUGAUUGUGCGUGUGUCUGUGUGUGAUGGUUCAAUCAUCUUUCCAGUAUUUCAUCUGAAGUGAUCAACAAGCAGCCCCAUGCUUCGAUAAAUGGCUGACCCCUCAUGAGGUUAAUGGGGUGUUUGUUCCCUCCGUGUCCCUGUAUACUGAUUGUCACAGGUCUGACACUGCCAUCCGGUUUAUUAUCCGUUUUUGAUCAGCUGCCUUCCUGCUUUGGGGUGGGGAUUAUGUUGUUCCACAGCAGGCAUGGCAAGGUGUUGGGAAAGGUGUCUCUCUCCUAUGGCACCAUGCCCUGCUUUUUAAUGAGGACCUGUCAUGCUUCACCAGGCUGUCCACCAUGAGAUAUCUACAUAUUCAUAGCGCCAUGGUCUCAGGGGUUUGUGUCUCCCGGACAGGGAGAACAAGCAGUACGAAGGAGCUCAGCUGUCACUGGCCUGUAUCAUACUGCUGCAAUUAAAAUUAAUUGCUGCUGGUAUAGUCCUGCAUCUAACAGAUGCAGGCUAGCGCUAGGAUCAAAGCCUUCUUCAGUUAUACACCACACUCCGCCCCUGCAAACACAUGCACCUUUUUAAAGCUACAUACAAUUUAGAGUAAGGAUAUCAUGAUUGCUGUCAGCUGAGUGAAUGGAUUAUUAAAAAACAUGUCAAAGAACACCAGCCAGAGGGAUUGGUUGACGGGACCUUGUUUAAACAAACAUUAGCUGCAUGAUUGGAGUUCCUGGAGGAGGAAAGAGAAAAUGGUAAAACAAUCAACUUAUAAAUAUGAACAUUUUCUUGUCGUUGCAAGGCUGUAUUAUUUUUCUAAGGUUUUCAAGGUUUUAUUUUAGUAGUUGCUGAGAUUGUUUCUGACAUCUUGGUGCAGCAUGGUGUGGUUGUCUACAGUCAUAAAUCAAUAAGCUUCUCAGCUGUGUGCCUGUGAGCUUUCACUUUAAGACUGCUUUUUGACACAUGCUGUAUGCUGAAGGCUUUUAUAAGCUCAGUGGUUUUGGCAAGUUUGAAAAACAAAACUAUUCCAAGUUUUUAUUUUAUUAUAGUGACACAUUUGCCAUAAGGAUGGUUUGGUCUGACCACAGAUUCCCUCCUGUUGAAAUUACCCUGCCUGUUUUUCACUGCUCUGUCUUAUGCUUAUUUGUUUGCCUCUGUCUAAGGUUAAAUGUGUGGGAGAAGGAAGUUUUUUCGUGCAUAUAGUUCAGCUGUUAUGUAAUAUAGGUGACUAUAUUCAUUUCAGAGUAGGAGGGGUGGUUGAGGAAAAGAUAAAAUCGGUUCUGUCUGCCCCUGCAUGUGUUCAGAGAUUGACAGAGAACUUGUGAUUGGGUGCUGUGCCACCCUCUCCUCUUAUUUAAAAUCUCUUUCCCUUGACUGUGUUACUGUGUCCAUCUCCCCAGAAAUACAUAUAUAUAUACAUGCCUAGUACCGAGCUUCUUCAGAAAACCACUCAUCAAAAGCCUCAUGCUUCCACCAUCCAAAUAUGUAAAACUUGACUGAAAGCACGGUGACUCAUUCUUUACCAUCAAUCUCACUGUCUUCUCAGUUUUGGGCAGUGAGGCAGAGGCAGUGAACUGAUCAAAAUUAUAGCAACAGCCAGAGAUAGUAAAAUGGCAGGCAUAUCUUUGGGGCUCCUCAGUGAAUUUUUAAAUUUUAUUUUAUUUUUAAAUUAGAGUCCUUAUGGAAAAAGAAUAGCACCCAUUGUAAAGAACUUUUCAGAGCUGGCAUUUAAAUCUGAAAUUUGUUCAUUGAUUUUUCUCACAGCUUUACCUUUGUUUACACCAUCUUGACUGUGAACGUGCACCUUAGUCUUAGUACCAGCAGAGCACCAUGGUCACCGUGAUGUAAGUACUGUAGCAAUUGUGUUCACGUUAUGUAUUAUUUCUUUCUGUUUUUGGUAUUAUCUCUCUCAAAUGUUGGCUCUACUGUGUUUGUGUAUACUUCUGGUUUGUUUGACGUUUUCUCAUAGUACAGUUUGUGUUCAGUAGGAUUGGCCAUUUUUUGUGAAAUGGAGGUUCAUGUAAUAUUGAUCUGUGUGUAACGUACAGCCAAGAUCAGGUCUGUCAUUUUUAUUAUCUAUGCUGUGCUGUAAUAUCUAAUCAGUGCGUAAUACAGAAGUUGUAGCUGAUUGUUCCUGAACGUCUCACGUAUGAUAUGUAUUGUACUCUGCACAGGAAAAUUUUGAAACUGUGAAAAUGUGGAAUUUGUGGCGGUCUUCUACUCUAAGUGGGUUCACAUUUUCUGUGAAGCUGGGGGACAUUUUCAGUUAAUAAGUGAAGAUAGGCCAACUUAGGUUGCACAGACAGGGUUUGUUCUCAACCAACUGUGACUACCUGACAAUUUUGACAUAUCACAUAACAUUGCUGGAUGGGAAUCAGUGACCUACAAGUAGACAGUGCUUCCUGGCUCUGAUCUGUGAUCACUUAAUCUUAAUACUAAUAUUAACCUCAUUCUGCAGGAAGCUUAAACUGACCAUAUGAUCGGUGAUAUUGGAGCACAGUCUAAACCAUUAUGUACAGGUGUUUCUUUAUUCCAAUUACAAGCAGUGAACACAUUAUAAUUACCCACAAUACACCAUGGGUUACCUGUAUGCCAUAUUUAGCUGGAUUUUUGGGUAAAUGAAGGGGUGUCUUGCAAAUCUAUUUAAUAUACAGGCUAUUACAGAAUACAGUUUCACCAAGACAUGGCAACUGGAGCCAAAGACAGGAAAACUUUCCCCACUUGAGUGAAAACACCACUGCUGUUGUCACUUUACAGCAGAAAGUGUCUGGAAGCAAUGUGGCCUAGGAAAUUUCUACCCCCACAUUUACUGAUCCAGGGUUGUUUGCCUCUACUCUGAACCUCAGCCUUUUUGCAACAAUAGAGAAUACUGAUCCAUGAUCUGUGGAUGGAGGUAGAAACUGUCAGCAUCAACGGCAUGUCUUCGUUCCCACUGGACUCAUUGACAAUGAUGUGUCUGGGGUGUUGUCUGUGACCUUAGAAGGUAGUAGAACCACAGAGAGCUGUGCAGGGACACGCACUGGUUAACUGUUAAAGAGUUCUUUCCGCUAGAGAAGGAAAGAACCUAUGUAUGUUAAGGAGUGGCAGUGAUGUCAGUACAGUAGCUCAGUGCCUAUAUUUGUGAGGUAGUGCCUCUUAUUAUAUAAUAAAAUAUUUUAUUGGCUGUUUCA